AUGUCUUCAAGAUAUAGGGUGGAAUACCACCUAAAAAGCCACCGCAAAGAUGAAUUUAUAGAUUGGGUAAAAGGCCUAUUGGCCUCACCCUUUGUUCUGCAUGCAGUCUCUCAUGAAGGUGACUACAAUGAUGACUUGGCAACGACUCAGCGUGUAAGGUCACAGUACGCUGACAUUUUCAAAGAUAUUGAGGGAUUAAUCAAGGACAAGAUUGAAUUUGACUCUAGAAACAUUAUACAAGACGAAAUUGAAGAUGGUGCCUCUUCUCAAUCUUUGAACGUAUUGGGGCAAUCACGCUUAAACCUUUUGGUCCCAUCUAUUGGGACAUUUUUCACCGAGCUUCCGUUAGAGCAAGCCUUUUUAUGGGAUGAUUCGCAAAGAGCCAUAUCUGCACGCAGAAUGGUGGCACCGAGCUUCAACGAUGUCAGACAUAUUUUAAAUACUGCUCAAAUUUUUUAUUUUAAGAAACAGAAAAUUUUACGCAAUGGCAAAGUUUUGAGGUUGGUAACUUUUGAUGGUGAUGUCACUCUUUAUGAAGACGGUGGCUCCCUUGUUUACACUAAUCCGGUAAUACCUUAUAUUCUUAAGCUGCUACGAUACGGUAUCAACGUAGGCAUAGUCACAGCAGCUGGAUAUGAUGAAGCCGGAACUUACGAAAGCAGAUUGAAGGGAUUGAUUGUAGCUUUGCAUGACUCAACCGAUAUAUCGGUUUCUCAAAAGCAGAAUCUGACUAUUAUGGGCGGUGAGUCGAGUUAUCUUUUCCGUUAUUAUGAAGAUCCCGAAGAAGACAAAUUUGGAUUUAGGCAGAUUGACAAAGAGGAAUGGUUACUUCCUAGGAUGAAAGGUUGGUCUCUUGAUGAUGUGGAAAAGACAUUGGACUUUGCUGAGAGAACUUUGAACAGACUCAGAAAAAGGCUAAAUUUACCUUCAGAAAUCUCUAUCAUUCGUAAAGUAAGAGCCGUAGGCAUCGUUCCAGGUGAAAGGUAUGAUGAGGCCUCUAAAAGGCAGGUCCCAGUUAAACUUGAUAGAGAACAGUUGGAAGAGAUAGUGUUGACUCUUCAAAAUACUUUAGAGUCCUUUGCGCCUUCUAGAAGGAUUCAAUUUAGUUGUUUUGAUGGCGGUAGUGAUGUUUGGUGCGAUAUUGGAGGUAAAGAUCUUGGCGUUCGCUCAUUGCAACAAUUUUACAAUCCGGAAGCCCCAAUUAAACCCUCUGAGACCUUACAUGUUGGUGACCAGUUUGCCCCAGUCGGAUCAGCAAAUGAUUUUAAGGCAAGAUUAGCCGGAUGUACACUUUGGAUAGCUUCCCCUCAAGAAACUGUAAACUAUCUUCAUAGAUUGCUAGAAACUGAUUAG